AUAUCGGAAUGGUUAGUAAAGAUGAUUCCGGAAAUCGGACAUUUGAAAUUGGAAAAGAGGAUGUGGUACUUCCUGGAGUAGAAGGUUCGGCAUUGUUUUAUUAUGAUUCCGAUGGGAAAAAGUUUGUCAAAUAUGAUAGAACCGAGAAAUUGGAUGAUAAAACGAAAAUUACUCAAUGGAUUAUCGAUGUGACUAAAGUGAAUCCAAUUGAAGGUCCAUUAUCUAAAAAGGGAGCUAAAUUCGAACAGUAUAGAACAGGUAAGAAGAGUAGGAAGAGUACCACUUCUUCAGAACCAAAGAAAAUUCAACAGGAAGAGACUACCAGGAAGGUAAAGUCCAAAUCUCAAAAGGCAACAACUGGUGAUGCUAAGACUUUGGCACAUGACGAAUUGUAA